AUGACUGAAACGAAAUCUUUGAACAAAAUGAUAAUUCAUCCUGACAUUGAACCCGGUGUAAUAGACAAUGCUAUGCUCACACGAUGCAUAUUAGAACACGGGCCAAAAGAAGAAGCGGGAAGAUUAUUCGCAGAAGAAGGUGUUCAUUUAGAUGAAACGCAAACAGUGAGACUUGAAUUUCAGAAUAUUUUAAGAAUUGAUCAUCUUUGGAUGCUAAAGUCACUUAGGAAACUUACGUUAGCCCACAAUUUGAUUGAAAAAAUCGAAAACCUAGAACAACUUACGGGUCUCAACGAAUUAGAUUUAUCGUUCAAUAAAAUAGAAAAAAUUGAAAAUUUAGAUGCUCUAGUGAAUUUGGAAGUACUAACGCUCUUCCACAAUAAAAUAAGAAAACUGGAGAAUAUGGAGAAGUUAAAUAAGUUACUAGUUUUUAGCAUUGGAGAUAAUUUAAUUGAAGAUUAUAAGGAGGGGUUCCGCAAGAAUUUAGAAAAAAAUCAAAGCACCUCUCUCUGGUCACUGGUUGAACGUUUUGAUUCCGCCCGCCGCGCGUAUACUUGUGAGAGCACAGUUCCUUUGAUAAAAGCCGCCUCCGAAUUAGACGCUAUAGUUGUGAACAAGCGACUUUCGGCUCUAUCUUCAAAAACAUAA